ACAGGAUGGGGUGGGGGAGGGGCCUGGUGGUGCUGUGGGGGCUGCUGGGAACAGCCCUCCCCGCCCUGCGCUGCCCCCUCUGUGACGUCACCGGCUGCCGCCCCGCCCUCUGCCCCUCCCCCCGCGCCGCUUGCCGCCGCACCACGCUGACGUCACUCCGAGACGGGCUCGAGUUCCGGCGGGAGGAGAGCGGCUGUGACGUCACGGGGCCGCCCGAUGUCGUCAUCACGUUCCGUUCCCGCGGCGAGAUCGUGACGCUGCGCGAGGAGCGCUGGGGGGCGGGGCCCGAGGGAGGCCACGCCCCCGAGCCCGCCCCGACCGCGCCCACCAAUGGAAGCGGCCCCGCCCCCCUGCUCUGCCCCACCUGUGACGGUUUUUGCCCCGCCCCCCUCCCGGCCCUGCCCUGCCCCCGCCCCCAGGAUCGCUGCAUUGACGUCAUCAGCAGGGGACCCAACGGAGAGGGGGAGGGGCAUCGGCUGCGGGGGUGUGGCCAGGCCGGGCCCUGCCGGGGCCUCCUCGCGUUCGAUUCCGGGCGCGGCCGCCGGGGGGCGCUCACGUGCUGCGAGACGGGCGAGUGCGAACCGGAGCCGGGGCCGCCCUCAGGGCUCAGCUGUUGGGGCUACGACGGCCCCGCCCCCUCCGCAGGCCCCGCCCCCCUGCGCUGCGGGUGGGGGAGGGGCCGCUGCUUCACCGCCUGGGGCCGAGGCUCGUGGUCCCUGCGCUGCCUCCGUUGCCAUGGCGACGCUGACGCCGACCAUGAUGGCGGCUCCUGCGGUGACGUCACCGCCGUUUCCUGUCCCGACAGCGACGUCUGCGGGGAGGCCCUGGCGGCCGUGACCUGGAGUCACGGUCAGCUGACCCUGGGCUGGCGUGGGUGUGGCCGGGGUCAGCCGGGGUCACUGGCCCGGGCGCUGACCCUGCCCGGCCUGGUGGCCUUCGAGCGGCGCCGCAACUGCCGGGGGCAGAUGUGUAAUGGAGAACUGCCCCUGGGGGCAAAACAACUGCCCCAGGAGGGGCAAAACCCGGAACAGGAACUGCCCCCGACAGCCAACAGCUCCGCCCCCUCCCCCAACGGCCUGCGCUGUUAUGGCUGCCCCGAGGCCGGGCCCUGCCCCCCCACCACCAUCGUCCAUUGCUACGGCGACCUCCGGGCCUGUUUCCAUGGCAACGUCACCCUGCGCGCAGGUAACCUCACCCUGUGGCGGGAGCUGCGGGGCUGCGUCCCCGAUGGCGGCUGCGCCCCCGAGCGCCGCGGCGACGCCGACGCCUCAUUGGCCGGCUCCUGUUGCCGCGGCGACCUCUGCAACGACAAGAUGGCCGACAGGAGCUUGUUCUCGCCCGACCUGCCCCGGCUGGAGCUGCUGCCGCACGGCCACGCCCCCACGGCCACGCCCGAUAACGGCACGGCGGAUGGGGGAGGGAAAAAUGGCACCCGCGGCAAGAUGGCCGCCGCCGAUGGCGGCAAUAUGGCCGCCGGUGAUCAUGUGGGCGAUGGUGAUGGGAAAAUGGCGGCGCCUGAGCGUGACGGGGGCGCCAGUGGGAAGAGGGCUGCUGGGGGCAAGAUGGCCGCCGGGGGCAAGAUGGCUGACGGGGACAAAAUGGCUGACGGGGGCAGAAUGGUCACCAGGGGCAAGAUGGCUGACGGGGACAAAAUGGCUGACGGGGGCAAGAUGGCUGCCGGGGGUAACAUGGGUGAUGGAGACAAGAUGGCCGCCGGUGGCAGGAUGGUCACCAGGGGCAAGGUGGCUGAUGGGGACAAGAUGGCUGACGGAAACAAGAUGGCUGACGGAAACAAGAUGGCUGACGGAGAUAAAAUGGCUGACGGAGAGAAAAUGGCUGACGGAGACAAGAUGGCUGACGGAGACAAAAUGGCUGACGGAAACAAGAUGGCCGACAGUGACAAAAUGGCUGAGGGAGACAAAAUGGCUGACGGAGACAAUAUGGCCGCCGGUCACGUGUCCCCCAGGCGGCCAAUGGGGCGCAAGGACGGGAUCAAGGGCCCGGUGGGGCGGGGCCAAUCGCUGGGCGGGCCCGGGUGGCUCCUCCCCUUCCUGCUGCUGCCCCUCCUCCGCUGAGGGCGGGGCUUGUGCUGCAAUAAAUGGGUGUGGCUUGA